UGUCAGAGCUGGGAAGAACUUCAGAAGCCAUAUCACUUGGCCCAUACAUGGUCAAGGAUCUCCUCUGUGAAAUACCAGAAGAGUAUUCCUCCAACCUGGCUCUUCAUGUUGGAUUUCUUGGUUUUCUGCUUCUAAUCCUCACAUCCUUAAUUUUCCCAAGCAGGAAGGCAAGGCUUUGUGGUAACAACAUUUGUAUCAUGAAAUCCUAUUGAUUUGAGGGAAGGCAAAUCAAGUUCAAGGAAAGAGCAAUUCAUGUUACUUACCUUUCAUAAAUUUUGUCCUCUUGGUGACUAUAAGAUAGUGGAAAUAUAAGUCUACAAAACCAGAUAAUUCAGUCAAUUCCACUGGGGAGAAUAUCUGCUCUCAUUGUCAUUUUUCAUUAUGUAAAAACUGGGUUUUACCCAUAGAGUGAUACCACAUAUAAUGCCACCCAGCUAAUUGAUCAAAUUUUCACUUUUUAAUUAUUUGUUUAGACAUUUUGUAGGUGCAAACUCAUCUGACUGCAGGAGGUGAAAAAUGAUCAGAGGAUGGAAGUUAAUGAAAGCUCAGGAGGAUAUUUCAUCUUGAUGGGCUUUUCUGACCAACCUCAAUUAGAGUUGAUCCUUUCGGUAUUUGUCUCUGUGUUCUACACCAUUACAUUGAUGGGCAACAUGACAAUUAUCAUCUUGUCUUUUCUGGACUUUCGGCUCCUCACUCCUAUGUACUUCUUCCUCAGAAACCUCUCGGUCUUGGACAUCUGUUUCACAACCAGCAUUGUCCCCCAAAUGCUGAUGAACAUCUGGGGGCAUAAUAAGAGAAUCAGUUAUAUUGGCUGCUUGGUCCAAUACUCAGUAGCUUUGGCUCUUGGAUCUACUGAAUGUGUGCUUCUUGCUGUGAUGGCUGUGGACCGCUAUGUUGCUGUCUGCUGGCCCCUGCGCUAUGCCACCAUCAUGCAUUCUCGGCUCUGCCAUCUCCUGGCAGCUGCUUCCUGGUUCUCAGGCUUUGUUAAUUCACUCCUUCAGUCAUCUUUGGCCAUGGUGUUGCCAUUGUGUGGCCACCGCCAGGUAGACCAUUUCCUUUGUGAGUUGCUUGUUAUUAUUAAGCUAUCUUGUGUGGACACUAGGUCAAUGGACUCUAAAAUGUUCAUUGCUCGCCUGAUCAUUCUGGCCAUCCCUGUCUCUAUCAUCCUCACUUCAUAUGCUUGCAUUGCUUGGGUAGUGGCAAAGAUUCGCUCAGCUGAGGGACAGAGGAAGGCUUUUGGGACCUGUGCCUCACACUUGAUGGUGGUUUCAUUGUUCUAUGGGACUAUCAUGUCAUUGUAUCUUCAGCCCAAGAACAAUUAUUCUCAAGGCCAAGUCAAGGUCCUGGCCCUUAUCUAUACCAUUAUAGCUCCCACCCUCAACCCUUUGAUAUAUACACUGAGAAAUAAAGAUAUAAAUAAGGCAAUUAAGAAAGUAAUGGGGAAAGAUCAAACCUAAUGAGUUAUAAAAACUGGAAAUAAUUAGAUCAUAUAUUUAAAAGUAGAUGGUUCCAUAGAAACUCUUUGGUCAUCCCCUCCCCCCAACACUUUUCAUAGAUAAGGAAAUUAGGACCUAGAGAGCUUAAGU